CCCCUCCGGUCGGGAACACCCUGCCUGUGGAUUUCUGCCUUCAGACGGUGCCGAGACGCGCCGACGUGCACGCGUGCGGUUCCUGCUCGCACCGGACGCCCGCUCCCCUCCAGCCUCCCCGCGCUCCCGGCGGCUCCGCACCGCUGUCGCCAGGGUUCUGACUGCGGGAGGCGGCGCUGGACGGACACGGAGGCGAUGCCAGCGCCGAAAGCCCGAAGCCGCCGUCAUCAGAGCGUUAGCGAAACGGGGGCACCGCGAGGGACUAUGUAGUUCGUUCCUGCGCCGUCCAAAGUGUCUGCGGCUGCUCACGGGUCGGUCCGACAGACGGGGCGAUGGAGGAGGCCGAGGAGGACCUGAACCUGUCCUUCCUGCUGGACCACGAAAGGCACACGAUCCUGCGGGUGCUGCAGAAGGACGAGAAGUUGAGGAAGCGAGAGGAGAGGAGGAUCCGGAAACUGAAGAACGAGCUGCUGGAGAUGACCAAGAAAGGCGCUCGGCAGUCGCAGGAGCGCGGCGAGCGCCGCUGCGGCCGCUGCAUGAAGCGCUUCGGCCUGAUCUUCGACCGCGGGGACGCGUGCGACGACUGCGGGCUGCGCGUGUGCAACGAGUGCCGCGUGGCGGCGCCCGACGGACGCCACUGGAAGUGCAAAGUCUGCGCCAAGAUCACGGAGCUGAAGGUGGUGACGGGAGAGUGGUUCAUAGAGGAGAGGUCCAAGCGCUUCGAGGGAGAAGCGCCGAGCAGCGACGUGGUGAAGCAGAGCAUCCUGAACGCCCCGAGCCAAGACGCCGACAAGAACUGCGACAGCGUCAAGACGGAGAAGCCGGAGAGGCCGGACGCCAGCAGGAACGCAGUCUUCAGCGCUGCGGACGGGGUCAAGAAGAAAGGGAAGCUGAAGAUGAAGUUGGAGAAAGUAACCGGCCGAUCCGCCUUGAAGCCGGGGAACGGAGCGAGUGCUGCUCCCAAGUCCGUUUCCGACGGUGACGCUCAAAGUGUACGAAGCGGCCGCUCUGCUCCGAGUCCACGUUCAAACAGGGGCGGUGCGGCGGCGGCCUCAGAGGUUGUGCCCAACAACCAGGUUUCCCAGAAUCUGGACCGAUCAGCUGAUCCCAACGGCAGCCGCAGGAUCAGGCCCGACGGAGCCGAGAGCGUUGACGGGUCACUCCCCGGCGCCGACCUGCCGGAGAAGAAGGCCCCCGGCCACCAGCGGACCCACUCGGGCACCCCCACCAUCUCCGUGUCCAGGGCCUCGGUGUCAUCAGAUCACAGCCGCUCGGAGAUGGACCUGUCGGCGUCGGGCGGCGACGCCAGCGAGGACGCCCCGAGUCUGCGCAGCCGCUCGGUGCCGGGACUCAACGAAUCCGAGUUCUCCGACGAGGACGCGGAGGAGGACAUCGACGCCCUGAUGUCGGCCCACAGCAACGUGGCCGGACGGCGCCUCAGCAGCGCGGUGUCGACGUCCUCGACUCCUGGCUCAGAGAGGCGGUGGGGGCAUCUCAACAUUCCUGACUCGGAUGCUGAGACUAGCAGCCUAAACAGCAUGAUGAGCAUGUACAGCGAGACCGGCGACUACGGAAACGCCAGGGUGAGCGGCGAGAUCCUGCUGAACAUCAGCUACAGCUACAAGACCGGCGCCCUCAACGUGCUGGUGAAGGAGUGUCACAACCUGGCGACGGGAGACGAGCGGAGGCAGCGCACGGACGCCUACGUGAAGACCUACCUGCUGCCUGAUACGUCGCGGCAGAGCAAGAGGAAAACCAGCAUCAAGCCCAACUCCAUCAACCCGCUGUUCAACGAGAACCUGAGGUACGUGAUCAGCCACUCGCAGCUGGAGACGCGGACGCUGCAGGUCUCCGUGUGGCACCACGACCGCUUCGGGCACAACAGCUUCCUGGGGGAGGUGGAGCUGAGCUUCGACUCCGGGGAGCUGGACUGCAAGCGCGAGGAGUGGUUUUCGCUGCAGCCGAGGGUGGAGAGCAGCGCAGACGCCACGAUGCCUUAUAAAGGAGAGCUGACGGUCGUGUUGAAGUACAUACCUGCUGAGAAGAACCUCAUGCUUCCUCUGGACCAGAUACAAGGCCCCGUAGUUCCGGCCUCUGUAGAGCCGGCUGCCUCUGGAUUUUCCAAUAGGAUUAAUAAAGAUUCCGUGAAGAAAAGUUUCCUGAAAGGCAAGAAGAUGAGCAGCUUCACUCUGCCUAAAGGGGGCAUGGUGGAGCUUCUGGUCAAAGGAGCCAAGAACCUCACCGGCGUCAAGUCCGGAGGCACCUCGGAUCCUUUCGUCAAAGGAUACCUGCUGCCCGACAGCAACAAGUCGACCAAGCACAAGACCGCGGUGGAGCGCCGCACCGUGAACCCUCAGUGGAACCACACCUUCACCUACUGUGGCCUGCAGCCCGGAGACCUCAACAACGUCUGCCUGGAGCUCACGGUGUGGGACAAGGAGGCCCUGGCCAGCAACGUCUUCCUGGGAGGAGUCAGGCUGGGAGCUGGCACAGGUAAAAGCUACGGGAACGAGGUGGACUGGAUGGACUCGUAUGGGGAGGAGCAGCGCGUGUGGCAGCGCAUGAUCGAAAACCCAGAGGUCCCUCAGGAGUGCACCCUGAUGCUGCGCUCCAGCAUGCGCAAGCUCAGCGCCUGAGGCCCGGAGGAGGAGGCGUUCUGUGUAGAUCAGCCACACACACACACACACACACACACACACACACACACACACACAGUCCUGAGAAGAACCUGAAUCUCCACUAGCACUCUGUGACUCCUGCACCAGUCGUCGCUGCGCGUUGUUACAGUAGCACGGAUCCGUUCCCAGUGUCCACUGGUCUGAAGCACACGGUCAUGCUGGGAUUCAUCUCUCACGUGGAAAGUGACCACAGCGCAAUGGGACGACUUCCACAGGCGCAGCUGAGUUCUACUGAGGCUUCGACAUGACGAGUCUACGAACGGCCUGCAACUUUAGUCAUUGGUUUUCAGUUGCCUUCAGUUAUGUUUUUAAGAUACACUAGUUGUUUUCAGGUCAUUUUCAAUGAACAAACUUUUUAAAACGUGAUCGACAAAGUCAUGCAUCCUUGUUACAAAAGCCGUCAGGUGUCGAGUCAUUUGAGAUCUAAUAAUUUUAGAGAGAAUUUAGUCGUUAAAAUAUUUAAAGUUCUAAAAAUCUAAGUUUUUGGCAAAUUUUCGUUCCUCUGUUGAAAUCUACUGCAAUGUGCAAGAAGCCCAAAAACAAUUAAGGUUUGUCCCAACGAGACACUCAUUUUGGGUUUCCGGUGGUUUUUAUGAACCGUAUAGAGGAAGGGGCAGAUGUUUGUCCAGGCGGAGGCUCCAGCGCUGCUGGCAUGACUGUAACCGUGACCUGUAGUUACUUUCCACCGCUGCUGAAAUAAACCUGUGGCACAAAUUCUGGACCGUUUAUCCCUUUUUAGACUAGUUUCAAUGUGAAUUUACAUAACACUGUAUCAGUGUGAUGAUGCAUGACGACCAUUAGGGCACAGAGAACAGACGAGGCGAAGCUCUGGCUCUGACGUGAUUGACGCUCAGCGCGUGCUUGGAAGCGUUCCCAGGGGGCCGCGUGUUCUGGGGCGAGUCUGCUCCGUGGUCCCGGACCCCCACGGCUCCACGUCCUCUGACGGAUCGCCUGCUUCUAAACGGUUCAAGUUACAGCUCGUAGAAACAUUGUUCUUGUCGAAUGCCGAUUCGUGCACUUGUCCUUGGCCCAGAGUAGAACAAUCUCGCACUGCGUGAUUAUAGUAAUAAAUAAUACACGGUGUUCGUUGUACAUCAUUUAGACGAGAGGCUUGUGCAAUACAUGGUCACAGAAGAAAACUAUUGAUGUACAGCAUGUACCUUCGCUCCUUUGUCUGGUCUUCAAGCAUCAGGUUCAUUGUACUCGAGCUCAUUUUGUCCCAAAUGUGUUAUGGAAUAUUUUGAAAUAAAAACAUAUUUCAAUAAA